CCGGCCCCGCCCUGACGGCUGCGGCGCCCGCGGGUCCCGAGUGCUCUGAGCUCUGGGACGACCCGAGUGGGAACCAGGUCCGGGCUGAACUAAAGCGCUGUGCCCGGAACGCCCGCUUUUGCCCACAUCUGUGUGGCCGCUCGCGUCUCCCGCCCUCGUGGCCAGAUCUGACCAUGAGCUACCCAGGCUAUCCCCCGCCAGCAGGCGGCUACCCGCCAGCUCCACCAGGUGGUGGUGCCUGGGGAAGUGCUGGCUACCCUCCACCCAGCAUGCCCCCCAUUGGGCUGGAUAAUGUGGCCAACUAUGCAGGGCAGUUCAACCAGGACUACCUCUCAGGAAUGGCGGCCAACAUGUCUGGGACGUUUGGAGGAGCCAAUAUGCCCAACCUGUACCCUGGGGCCCCUGGGGGUGGUUACCCACCAGUGCCCCCUGGGGGAUUCGGGCAGCCCCCCUCUGCCCAGCAGCCUGUUCCUUCAUAUGGGAUGUAUCCACCCCCUGGAGGAAACCCACCUCCUGGGAUGUCCUCAUAUCCAUCCUACCCAGGGGCCCCUGUGCCAGGCCAGCCCAUGCCACCCCCCGGGCAGCAGCCCCCAGGGGCCUACCCUGGACAGCCGCCAAUGACCUACCCUGGGCAGCUACCAGUGCCACCCCCUGCACAGCAGCAGCAGCCAGUGCCAAGCUACCCAGGAUACUCAGGAUCUGGGACUGUUACCCCCGCUGUGGCCCCAGCCCAGUUUGGAAAGCGAGGGACCAUCACAGAUGCUUCCGGAUUUGACCCCUUGCGAGAUGCUGAGGUCCUGCGGAAGGCCAUGAAAGGCUUUGGGACGGAUGAGCAGGCCAUCAUCGACUGCCUGGGCAGCCGCUCCAACAAGCAGCGGCAGCAGAUCCUCCUGUCUUUCAAGACAGCUUAUGGCAAGGAUUUGAUCAAAGAUCUGAAAUCUGAACUGUCAGGAAACUUUGAGAAGACAAUCUUGGCUCUGAUGAAGACCCCAAUCCUCUUUGAUGUUUAUGAGAUAAAGGAUGCUAUCAAGGGUGCUGGCACUGACGAAGCCUGCCUGAUUGAGAUCCUGGCUUCCCGCAGCAACGAGCACAUCCGGGAGUUGAACAGAGCCUACAAAGCAGAAUUCAAGAAGACCCUGGAGGAGGCCAUUCGAAGCGACACAUCUGGGCACUUCCAGCGGCUCCUCAUCUCUCUCUCUCAGGGAAACCGGGAUGAAAGCACAAAUGUGGACAUGUCCGUUGUCCAGAGAGAUGUCCAGGAGCUGUAUGCGGCUGGGGAGAACCGCCUGGGAACAGAUGAAUCCAAGUUCAAUGCAAUUCUGUGCUCUCGGAGCCGGGCCCACCUGGUGGCAGUUUUCAAUGACUAUCAGAGGAUGACUGGCCGAGACAUUGAGAAGAGCAUCUGCCGGGAGAUGUCUGGGGACCUGGAGCAGGGCAUGCUGGCCGUGGUGAAAUGUCUCAAGAACACCCCAGCCUUCUUUGCUGAAAGGCUCAACAAGGCCAUGAGGGGAGCAGGGACGAAGGACCGGACCCUGAUUCGCAUCAUGGUGUCUCGCAGUGAAGUUGACCUCCUGGACAUCAGGUCGGAGUAUAAGCGGAUGUAUGGCAAAUCACUGUACCACGACAUCUCGGGAGAUACUUCGGGGGAUUACCGGAAGAUUCUGCUGAAGAUUUGUGGUGGCAACGACUGAGUGGUUACUGGCGGCUCACUGCUCCCACCUGCCACCGCAGUGGUGCCAGGAAAAAGGCAAAAAGAAUGUCUGUUUCUGACAAAUCCACAAAUAGCCCCAAGGUGUGCCGCCCACAGCGCUGUGACCUGUCGCCUACCCUACUGAUCCACGUGUUGUGCUGAGGGACCUGGGUUGGUCUAGAACUCUCUCAGGAUGCCUUUUCCACUCCACCCCCCACAGCCUCUUGCUGCUAAGUAGAUGUUUUAUUUCCUACUCAGGCAAUCAUUGCCCCUUGCUUGUGGCUAAGACUUGGCUUCAUUUAGUCAUGUAAUUUUAUAUUUUUAUUUGGAGGCAUAUUCUCUCUCACAGUCGUUGCCAGCCAAGAUGCCUACGAGUCUGUUUGCUGCGUACACAUUUCUGGUGAGAGUGAUCGGGUGGGUAGAGUGCUGUGUCCUCUCUGAGUAGAAAAAGGGAGGCCCCUUACGGUUAAUCUUUGUGUCUGGUGAAAAUGUGUCAUGAGCUUUGUUAUUGCCAAACUCAUUCCUUUUUAGACAAAAGAAAAAAAGACCAGAAAGUCAUCUGUUCCAUCUUCCAUGCAAAACCACGAGAACAAAGCCAGUUCCCUGGCAGUGACAGGGCUUCUUGUAAUUUGGAAUGUGCCUUAAACCUGAAUGUCUGUGGCCAAAACCUGUUUCCAAAUUAAAAGCCAGCCAGCUCUGGAACAUUCUGGAAAUGUC